AUGUUCGAGGGCGCGGUCGCCGGUAUCCUGAACCGGCUACUUGGCAAAUACGUUCAGGACCUUGACACAGAAAACCUGAACGUCGGCAUUUUCUCCGGCAAUGUUAAUUUAACGGAUCUCAAGCUUAAGCCGGAAGCUCUGUAUGAAUUGGAUCUCCCAAUCGAUGUCAAAAUUGGCACUAUAGGCCGUGUCAGUCUUCAGAUACCGUGGUCCGGGCUGUACACCAAUCCAGUUGUCGUCAACAUCGAUGAUGUGUUACUGUUGGUUGGUCCAGCUAUCUCGAACAGUUACUUCGAUCCUGAAAGAGAGAGAAGACUGACCAGAGCUGCCAAGAGAAAGAUUCUACAGGAUUUAGAAGCAGAAAGUGAAAUUCUAAAGGGUCCUCAGAACUUUUUCGAGAGUCUUUUCACAGCGAUUGUAAAUAACAUUCAGAUUUAUGUAAGGAAUAUUCAUGUAAGAUAUGAAGACUCUAUCAGCUCAAAGGAUGGUCCGCUAGCAUGCGGACUGUGUUUGCAAAGUCUAUCCAUAGAGACUACAAACAGCAAAUGGAAACCAUCUGUGACCCCAGUUAAUGCGUCCACCGUGUAUCAAAUGAUGCGCAUCGAGUCUCUCUCCCUGUACUGGAACCCUACAGCCACAGCUCUGGAUGACAAUGAAACGGCACACAUCACCCCAAUGCAAUAUUAUAAUUGGAAGCACUAUAUGUUAACAGGGUUAAACAAGUUUUCUAUGCAUCAUGAAGACUUUGAGUUUUUACUUAAACCGGUAACUUGCAAGGUUAAGGUGCUUAUCAAUAGAUCUGGUGAAGCUAGGGUACCAAGACUUCUUUUGGAUGCGGUAUUACAAGAUAGUGCGUUGCAACUGUCUCGAAGACAGUAUCUAUCUAUUGAUAACUUGCUAUCUUCUUUCCGUCGCAUAAAGUUAAAUAGAAAAUACCGUCAUCUCCACCCUGGUAUGCCGUUAUCGAAGGACUUAAAGAAGUGGUGGCGCUAUGCUUACAACGUGGUAGUGGAGCAACGCGUUAGGCCUUAUACGUGGGCGGCCAUAAAGAAGCACAGGGAGAACUAUAACACAUACAAACAGACAUACAAGAGCACGUUACGAAGUCCCAAUGAUACAGAACUAAAGUUGGACUUACAGAAGUGCGAAGAUAACCUUCCAAUCAUAUCCGUUGUCAUUGCGAGGGAGCAGGCUAAGUUCGAACUACUUGCUCAAGAGCCAGAUCGUAUUGAAGUGGUUGAAAGUGAGUUCGAUUGGUGGAAGCCCACGAGUUCGGAUACAGAGGCCGACUCUGACGUCGAGACUAAAACCCAUGUGGAGUUGUGUGUGAAGACAGAAAGAAGCAAAAGCCUUUGGAGCCAUCUCUCUAGUCCAGAGAAGAAAAGAGUUUGUGAGCUGAUAGGCUAUGCUGAAGGUGCUCCGAAGCAAGAUAAAUCAAAGCAGUAUAUUGAACACAAGAUAAACUUGACGCUGGCUAAUUGUUCGUUAACAUUGAUGAAUAGAAGCAAAGAAGUGUUGGUAGUUACACUAACACAGUUCCUCGCUUCAUUGGAAACUAGACCCUCAGCGAAAGCUUACAAGGUAUCUGCCCGAACGGAAUGCAUAGUGAUAGAAGGAGCUACAUCAGACGGUGACCUAGUGCCUCUGUUGACAACGGAACGGGGGUCAGCACUUACUGGUUCCAACCUUCUGGCAGUGGACUUCGAACGAAACCCAUGCAACAGCGAGGCCGAUUACGGUCUCUGUUUGUUAAUGGAGCCUGUAGAAAUGCUUUAUAUCGAACACGCUUUCACAGAAUUGAUAAACUUCUUCCAAACUCAUUCAAUGACGUCGGAAGACUUAGCUGAGGAGCUGUCUCUAGUGGUCGAGCGAGCUGGCGGGGUUGGGCGGUCGGUCUUGGCCUACGCUGUUAGUAGGCGCAAGGUGUUCCAGGUUAACGUGGACUUGAAGGGCCCUUGUAUCGUUGUCCCGGAACAUGGCUGUGUGCACAAAUCUGGUCGUGUGAUAAUCUUGGACUUAAGUCGGAUAGUAGUGAAGUCUGAUCUCCAGCCAUCGAACCUGGCUCUUGAGGAUGCUACGUGUAUGGAGCUGGAGGAGAAGCUUUACGACCGGUUACACGCUGAAUGCUCAUGUCAAGUGUUAUUCUCGGAAUGGAAUGAACCGUGGCGCGAGUCUCGUAAGCACGCCGACUCCGAGCGUCACCUCGUUCCAAAAGUCAAGGCUCAGCUCGUGUUCUCUAGCAGUAUUAAAAAGGAUUAUAAAUUAUUACCAAGAUACAAGCUAAAUAUUUCUCUUUCAAGCUUGAAACUGAAUCUCUCCGAUCGCAUCAUUGGCCACCUUCUAGAUUUCUGCGACAAUCUUCCCAUACCCGUGCCCAACACAGUGCCCGUCUCGUUCAUGGAUUCUGGCGAUUACAUUGAAGACCUGGAGGACCCCGAGCUGAUGGAGACUCUUGAAUUGGACCGCGUAUCAGCAGAUCCUGGGUAUAAUGAGCUGGUGAAAUUGAGGCAGAAGAUCGUAGCUGCGUAUUUAAGUAGAAACAGGGCGGCGGAAACCAAACAUGAUCACGUGAAAGUGUCAGCGGCUGUACCAUUGGAGACAGCUAUCAGCGAACUGAGUGAUGACGAAGUGGAGGAGUACGCUCGCUCCGUAGACCUGCCCGGUUUUGACGACAACGUCUCCCCGAGCAACACCAUCGGCACCCUGAUGCGGUUUGUCAUUGGUGACAUUGUAAUAAACCUAAGCCGCUCCAGCGAUCAAGUGGACCGUCCAUACAUCAUGCUGAGUAUCACCAAGGUCUGCUUAGAUGUGGCCCUGAUGGAAUACGGGCCUGCCAUUCAGCUGUCGGUAGACCAAGCACUGCUCACCGACAAGCAACAUCACAGCAGCACUGGCCAGUACUUGGAACUUCUAACUAGUUCCGGAGAUCUAUUUAACUUGUUGUACAGAAAAGUGCGCGCCAACUGCCCGGAGUUCCGGUCGCACUUCCACAGCGUGGAGCACGCGUUGGUGGUGGAUACGGGUCCCAUCACGCUGCUACUGCACGCCGACGCACUGCGCACGCUGCUCAAGUACCUCCAGUAUCUGCACGACAAGAUUCAAAGUAGACACGCGUUGAAUGUGAAGAAGACGGUGCUGCCGAAAACCGAGUCAUUGUGGAACCAUCUAAUGAAACCAGAAGCUGACCCGCCUGUGCCACCAGGAGCAACUAAAUUUAGCUAUUCUGUCAGAGCAACAUCCAUCUCGGUGCGCUUGUGCCACUUGGAUUGCUCGCUAGUUGAGAUCCGGCUGACUACGCUGGAGAGUGACUGCGUGUUCCGUGCCAACGACCGCAUGAUCUUCAAGCUGUAUCUGGGAUCUUUCCAACUCGAUGAUCUAUCUGAAAAUACACUUUAUCCAAAGUUGGUGUGGCCAGAUGAAGACAAAGUGCUUGAAAUAAAAUACGUUCGCGCGGCGACUCGUCUGCGCGCGCACGCGCACGCCGAACUGCGGGUGUACCUGGGAAGGCUGCACGUCGUGCUCUUCUGCUCUUUGCUGCAUCAUCUGCAGCAAUUCGCGGAGCCACUGGUACCAAGCACAGCAGCGGCGGAGGCGGCGGCGGUAGCCGAGCGCGAAGCUAAGCUUCGCGCGCAAAAACUUCGCGCAUGCGCAGAACGGCUCAGUCUUAUCAUUGAGCUCCAUGCUCCAGUGCUACUUCUACCGCAAAAACCUUCUUCCCCGGAUUUGCUGGUUAUAAACAUGGGUGACUUACUCAUAGAGAACUUCUUCAAGCCUGUGAACGUCAGCCAAGAAGCCAAUAGUCCAGUUGCAAAUCCCAUAAUCGACAACAUCUUGAUCAAGCUUGAAAACAUCACGCUAUCAAGAGCUGUGAUGACUUUGGCUGGCACUUUAGAAGUUCAGGAACCAAUCCUAGAACCAAUGUCAGUCCGCUGCGACUUAAAAAGGACGGUGAGCUAUCAGCAAAUGGUGAGUGCCUACCGGGACCUGCUGCUUUGCGAAGCCGACGUUGUUAUGGACACUGUGAUGGUGAAUCUUGGCCAGAAUGACUUGGCGACAGUACUGGCGGUAUGGAGCGGAAAUCUAAGCGAGAUGCAUUAUAUUGGAACUGCAGUUCCUGGAUCCCCGGUGGACACGUCAUCAUCAGACGUUACUGUGAAGAAGCUACAAGCGUUUUUUGCUCAGAACGAACCAAUACGGAAAGAAGUUACCGUCAGAUUCACUCUUGAAGGUAUCGAGCUCAAACUGUUCUCCGACAUGGACGAGAUCUUGAGUUCUCCAGUUCGGGAUCUCAAUCACGGUCUAGCAAAGCUAAUAGCUGGGGAGGCUACGGUAUCGCUGGACUGCUAUUCGGACGGCACUACGGAGGUCAAAGCUAGCUUACAAAGUUUGCUAGUGGAAGAUAUUCGGGCGGAUCCAAGCAUUGUCAUUAGACGCAUAUUCCAGUCGCAGGGCGGCGGUUCAAAGGCGGCGGCCGGCAUUUCGGUACUGCGGCCGGCGCUCCUGGACGCGAGCGUGCGGUGCUCGGCGCGCGCGGCCACGUGGGACGUGCGCGUCGACCGCACGCGCCUCAACCUCGCGCUGCCCUUCCUGCUGCAGCUGGCGCGCACGCUGCUGGACGCCAUGCCAGGUGACCAGUGCUACAACCGCACGCGCCUCAACCUCGCGCUGCCCUUCCUGCUGCAGCUGGCGCGCACGCUGCUGGACGCCAUGCCAGGUGACCAGUGCUACAACCGCACGCGCCUCAACCUCGCGCUGCCCUUCCUGCUGCAGCUGGCGCGCACGCUGCUGGACGCCAUGCCAGGUGACCAGUGCUACGACCGCACGCGCCUCAACCUCGCGCUGCCCUUCCUGCUGCAGCUGGCGCGCACGCUGCUGGACGCCAUGCCAGGUGACCAGUGCUACAACCGCACGCGCCUCAACCUCGCGCUGCCCUUCCUGCUGCAGCUGGCGCGCACGCUGCUGGACGCCAUGCCAGGUGACCAGUGCUACAACCGCACGCGCCUCAACCUCGCGCUGCCCUUCCUGCUGCAGCUGGCGCGCACGCUGCUGGACGCCAUGCCAGGUGACCAGUGCUACAACCGCACGCGCCUCAACCUCGCGCUGCCCUUCCUGCUGCAGCUGGCGCGCACGCUGCUGGACGCCAUGCCAGGUGACCAGUGCUACAACCGCACGCGCCUUAACCUCGCGCUGCCCUUCCUGCUGCAGCUGGCGCGCACGCUGCUGGACGCCAUGCCAGGUGACCAGUGCUACAACCGCACGCGCCUCAACCUCGCGCUGCCCUUCCUGCUGCAGCUGGCGCGCACGCUGCUGGACGCCAUGCCAGGUGACCAGUGCUACAACCGCACGCGCCUCAACCUCGCGCUGCCCUUCCUGCUGCAGCUGGCGCGCACGCUGCUGGACGCCAUGCCAGGUGACCAGUGCUACAACCGCACGCGCCUUAACCUCGCGCUGCCCUUCCUGCUGCAGCUGGCGCGCACGCUGCUGGACGCCAUGCCAGGUGACCAGUGCUACAACCGCACGCGCCUCAACCUCGCGCUGCCCUUCCUGCUGCAGCUGGCGCGCACGCUGCUGGACGCCAUGCCAGGUGACCAGUGCUACAACCGCACGCGCCUCAACCUCGCGCUGCCCUUCCUGCUGCAGCUGGCGCGCACGCUGCUGGACGCCAUGCCAGGUGACCAGUGCUACAACCGCACGCGCCUCAACCUCGCGCUGCCCUUCCUGCUGCAGCUGGCGCGCACGCUGCUGGACGCCAUGCCAGGUGACCAGUGCUACAACCGCACGCGCCUCAACCUCGCGCUGCCCUUCCUGCUGCAGCUGGCGCGCACGCUGCUGGACGCCAUGCCAGGUGACCAGUGCUACAACCGCACGCGCCUCAACCUCGCGCUGCCCUUCCUGCUGCAGCUGGCGCGCACGCUGCUGGACGCCAUGCCAGGUGACCAGUGCUACAACCGCACGCGCCUUAACCUCGCGCUGCCCUUCCUGCUGCAGCUGGCGCGCACGCUGCUGGACGCCAUGCCAGGUGACCAGUGCUACAACCGCACGCGCCUCAACCUCGCGCUGCCCUUCCUGCUGCAGCUGGCGCGCACGCUGCUGGACGCCAUGCCAGGUGACCAGUGCUACAACCGCACGCGCCUCAACCUCGCGCUGCCCUUCCUGCUGCAGCUGGCGCGCACGCUGCUGGACGCCAUGCCAGGUGACCAGUGCUACAACCGCACGCGCCUCAACCUCGCGCUGCCCUUCCUGCUGCAGCUGGCGCGCACGCUGCUGGACGCCAUGCCAGGUGACCAGUGCUACAACCGCACGCGCCUCAACCUCGCGCUGCCCUUCCUGCUGCAGCUGGCGCGCACGCUGCUGGACGCCAUGCCAGGUGACCAGUGCUACGACCGCACGCGCCUCAACCUCGCGCUGCCCUUCCUGCUGCAGCUGGCACGCACGCUGCUGGACGCCAUGCCAGGUGACCAGUGCUACAACCGCACGCGCCUCAACCUCGCGCUGCCCUUCCUGCUGCAGCUGGCGCGCACGCUGCUGGACGCCAUGCCAGGUGACCAGUGCUACAACCGCACGCGCCUCAACCUCGUGCUGCCCUUCCUGCUGCAGCUGGCGCGCACGCUGCUGGACGCCAUGCCAGGUGACCAGUGCUACGACCGCACGCGCCUCAACCUCGCGCUGCCCUUCCUGCUGCAGCUGGCGCGCACGCUGCUGGACGCCAUGCCAGGUGACCAGUGCUACGACCGCACGCGCCUCAACCUCGCGCUGCCCUUCCUGCUGCAGCUGGCGCGCACGCUGCUGGACGCCAUGCCAGGUGACCAGUGCUACGACCGCACGCGCCUCAACCUCGCGCUGCCCUUCCUGCUGCAGCUGGCGCGCACGCUGCUGGACGCCAUGCCAGGUGACCAGUGCUACAACCGCACGCGCCUCAACCUCGCGCUGCCCUUCCUGCUGCAGCUGGCGCGCACGCUGCUGGACGCCAUGCCAGGUGACCAGUGCUACGACCGCACGCGCCUCAACCUCGCGCUGCCCUUCCUGCUGCAGCUGGCGCGCACGCUGCUGGACGCCAUGCCAGGUGACCAGUGCUACGACCGCACGCGCCUCAACCUCGCGCUGCCCUUCCUGCUGCAGCUGGCGCGCACGCUGCUGGACGCCAUGCCAGGUGACCAGUGCUACAACCGCACGCGCCUCAACCUCGCGCUGCCCUUCCUGCUGCAGCUGGCGCGCACGCUGCUGGACGCCAUGCCAGGUGACCAGUGCUACGACCGCACGCGCCUCAACCUCGCGCUGCCCUUCCUGCUGCAGCUGGCGCGCACGCAGCUGGACGCCAUGCCAGGUGACCAGUGCUACGACCGCACGAAUUAA